GCUGGCUUCUUGACGUAUAAAUAUCAACAAAAAAUCGGCAGUAAUAAUAAAAAACAAAUGAACACGGUUAAUACAAAGUUUUUAUGACUAAUUUAUUUGAUUGAAAGUAAUUAAUGGUAGCCCUUGUCAUAUCUAAAUUAUUGGUACGAUGAGUACCGAUAAUUUUUCGAUUGUGCAAAUUACGGAAAACGGGCAUGUUUUGCUUUCUGUACUACCUUCACGUUGGGUACGGCAAAACGGUUGGGAACAAAAAUUGCAAGAAGACGGAGCGGAUUUAUAUUACUGGCCAAACGGAGUAGUUGGCUAUCGGCUUCUGGAAAAUGCCAAACUGAAUCCGCAAGUGAUACCGGACACAGCAGUAUUAAAUGCUUGUCAGUGCAAAAUAAAGCGAACAAACAUAGCAAGUUACGCGGAUGCUUUUCGGGAGCUAGAACUCAUGGAACGUCAUUCGGACCCAGAUGAAUAUGAACGAAGAAAGGGAUCAUCAACCAUUUCUGAAGGAUCCGAACAUAUUCAAACCAAACCAGGCUCGUCACUCGUUCUUUCUAAGUCGGUGAACGAUCAACAGGACAAUCAUAUUUCAGAAUCUCUGCCAGAAGAUGGUUCGGGAUCGAAACCAUCAAUGCUUCAAAAUGCAGAUACAGAUGAGCCAUCGAUACGUCAAUUACUGCUUUCACUCCACAAAAAAAUGGAUGAAAAUUCCAAGCAGAUUGAAGCACUUAAAAAAUCACACCAGAGCUGCAUGGCUGCCCUUGCCCAAAUUAACGCUAAGCUAGAUACCAUAGGCACAAAAACGACGCGAACGGAUACAUCUGCGCUUUUGAAACCAGACACCUACGUAUCCAAAAAGAUUCCGCUAACCCCGGUCAAAUGUUUGGAUGACAUGGAAUCAUUGGAGAUAAAAUCGAAAAAUGAGGAUUUUGUGCAGUCCGUUGUUCUGUUUCUGGGUUCGAUGCACGGAAAGCAUCGAUAUGUCGGCGAAGGUACGACCGUUUGUUUGCAAGUAAUAAAUUACUUCUUCGAACGUGAAUUUCUGAUUAACUGCUCGUGGAGUGGAAUAAGUCGUAGCAAAAAGACAAAUGGCAGUAUUAUUUCCAAGAUACCAUUCCAUAAGUUCAGCGGAGUCAUCGAUAUGUUCUACCGGGUGGUGCUCUUCUCUGACCCCACGUUCUCCAAAGUACAGUGCGAACAGUUCCUGCAUCGUUGCUUGAGAAACGCCAAGCAACGCUUCGAGGAGAUCAAGGGCAUUAGGGCUUCGGUGGCUCGCAAACGUCGUAAACGGAGUGAACGUGAUCUGAUGAUUCAAAUGAUACCGGAGGGCAUCGGAACACCGGAGACUGAGGAAUUUACUGUUGAAGAGUAUCCUGUCAAAGAGGAAUCACCCUCGCCAAGUCCCACAAUAGACGAAGGCAUGAAUGACGAGAUGGAUGCCGAUAUCGACGGAUAUUUCAUGAAAACUGAAUAGAGAAUUGAAUACAGCUUUUUGAGCAUCUAAAUUUGA